AUGGAAGAGACAUCAGAUAGUUGCUUUGAAGUUGUUACCACGGAAAGGUCAGGUGCAGAACAACCGUCUGCAUCCUCACAAAGAAGAGCAACCGGAGAGGCCAAGAAUGGGGAGCCAGCAGAGCAGGCUCUGCUUUCAGAUGCUGCAGGCCCUGUACAGUCAGGGGAGGGCUGCGAGCAGCAGUCUUCUCUGGAGCAGUCAGUUUGGAAGGAACAGGAACAGUCAAGUUUAGCACAGUGGGAACGACCAACAGAAGGACUAGAAAGGGAAGAACAACCAUCUCAAAACUCAGCACUAUCAGAGAAUAUGGCAAGUGGGACAGUAACAGGAAGCAUGAUUGAGUACAAUGAAACUCUUAGGAGGACUAAGGCUAACUUUGAUAAAAGUAUCUUGUCUGAGAAGGUGUGUCUUGAUGAAGAGCAUUUUCCCAGGAAAGUAGUUCAACAGGAUUACCACAUGCCUGACGUCAUAACUGUCAGAGUACAAACAGAUUCUGAUUCAAUCCAAGAUGUAGUUGUGAAAAUUGAAAGAUCUACCUAUCAUAAACCAUUUCUGGGUGGAUUUAAAAACAGUAUAACAGGAGUGGAAUUUCAUAAUGCGGGAUCACAAACGGUACCCAAAAAACGACCUGACAAAGGAAUUCAGUUAUUUUGUAGAGAAACACAGACAGUUUUUGAAAAAAAUAAGCCACAACAAACAAAAAAUACAACAUCAACACAGAUGACUAAAAUUGGCCUGUAUGUGUCAAACACGACUGACAAACUAAUAAGUCCUGGAAAGUAUGUUACAGCGGAAGAAUACCAUAAACGUAGACUUGAAGCAGUAAUAGUAUUACAGACAUAUUUCCGUCGUUGGCAUGCUAUAAAUGUAGUACAAAAUCUGAGGGAAGAAAAGAGGUUAAGGCUGGCAUGGGAGGCACAGGAAGAGUUACGGAAAAAAAAAGAGAAAGAAGAAAAACUGAGAAGGGAGCAUGAGCGAAGACUGAACCCUAAGACAAAAGAAGACUUUGAGCUCCUGUACCAUGCUUUAGAAUUAUGGAGGCAGGAGGAGACUGAACGGAUUAACAGAACUCUUACUGGAGCUGAAAGAAAGGCAGCAUUUUGUGGACUUCUGGAACAAGAAGCACAGCUGAUUGCUUCCAUUGGGAGACACAAACUAAAUGCAAAUGAGGAGAAUCAACAAAAAGCGAUACUGCACUUUAUGGAUAAG